CUCUCUCUCUCUCUCAGCUGGUUCAUCAACAGAAUCAACACUUUGGAGUGAAAAUAUUUCUUUCUAAAUUGUGUUCGUAAUUACAAUUAAUUGGUGUCCAUUUAAUGGUGACAAUUAUCAUCUAUCAUCUAUGAUGUUAUCUGUUCAUUUAUUUAAUUGUUUAUUGUGAUUCUUUAAACAUCAACAUUCAUUUAAUUGAAGAUAAACAAUCAGAUUGAUUUUUACACUUUUCUAUUUUUCUCUUGUUUUUGUUUAGCUUUUCUCUCUCUCUCUCUCUCCUUUAUUUGUUUCAUCGUAUUUAAAUUUAAUUGUAGUCAUUUGUUGAAGGCCUUUCACUUUUAAUUGUUCCUGUUUAAUAUUAUUGCCAAGCAAAUAUUGUUAUUCUGUUAAACAAUUUACUCCAGUUUAGUGGUGACUUUUACUCUGUUGAUGUAGCAACACUUUUCCACUAAUUGAUAUUUACCAUCAAGUGACAUCCAUUUUGUUUUAUUUAUAUCGCAAUUAAUGUGCUCCAAUUUGACCAUUAUUUUCUAUUCUAAAUUUAUAUUUAUUCUAUCAACUUAAUGAUGAAUCCUUCAUCCACCACAGCUCCUGGAGGCUCAGCUAAUGCUCCAAGUUAUGAUGAUCUGUAUGGAAACGAUAAGCCACCUCCAAGCUAUUUAGAAGCAAUUAGCUCAGGCCCUCCACCACCCUACUUGGAAAACCGAUCUGCAAUUCCUGGUACUUCGGUUCCAUUAUCAUCUAUACCAAGACAGUCUACCAACUAUUUGAGGUCACCCGCUAAUCUAUCAACACCAAAUGCUACAACAACUAACCAGCAACCUAAUUUAAAUCUUCCUAUCAUGAUGAACGAUGUCUGUCCAAUAUGUCAAGGCACACUGAUUACUGAUUUUCCAUUCCUAUGUUGGGUUCUUGCUUUAUGCUGGUUUCCAAUUGGAGUCUUAUGUUGUCUUAUGUCAGCUCGAAAACGAUGUGAUCAAUGUGGAUUAACCUUCGGCUGAUCUCAAAACCCAAGUGCUUAAAACCAAUCUCAGAAUUGUCCAUUACCUCAACGGCAGCAACAAACACUCUUGACCAACCAUCAACCCAAGAAAUGUCCAUUCGAUAUCUCAACUCAUGAAAUUUCUCAUCAUCAUCAUCAUCAUAAAUUAAUGUUCUUCUCAAACACUUUUUUUCUAUUCUCCAAUUUAAAUUCUGUAUAAAAUGGUGUAUUUUUGUUCCCUCUCAUCCUCAUAUUCAUCAUCAUCAAUCUCUCCAACUCCAAGUUGUGACCUUACAUGUAAAUCGAUUUCAUUUCUCAAUUUUAAAGUCAAUCAAUCAAUUAAAUCGCUGAGACCAAUUAA